AUGUCCUUCCGAACUUUCCCGCGCUUCGGACGUCCUUCGGACAUCAUUCUGAAAUUAAGGGCACAUACUCGGGAGCCACCGCCUAUCCGUCGAAGACACCAUAAAUUGGUUGGAGCUUGGAAUGCUCUUAUCUCACCGAUGUGUUGGUCUCCUCCGAAGCUCGGGCUCAAUCUCGGACAAAUCAUAGUUUUAUUGGCGCACCUCGCAGCUGUGCUCGUCUGCAUCAUAAAGGAUGCACCUCUUAUUUCUAAUCCGAACAGAGCUACCAGGAUUUCUCGCAGUUUCUGGUCGUCUUUUUGUUCGCAACAAAAAACUCAAGAUGGCAGGAAGAACCAUGUUUCUCGCUGGAUGCAUCCAUGGAAAGGGACUUCUGGAGUGGCUUUGUUCGCCCUCCUUUCCAUCAUCGUCCUUACAUCUUUGAGGCCAGUCAGGAGACUGUUUUAUGAGUCUUUCUUCGUCGUCCACAUUUUGACAUAUGUGGCAUUCUUUGUCACCAUAUGCUACCAUACGUUGUAUGCAUCGCCGUGGAUAUUCCCUCCCCUUGCAUUUUAUGGAGCGGACAUUUUAUUGCGCCUAUUCCGCUAUCGAAUCAAGGAUGCCACCCUGACUGCACAGGAUGUUCACAUGAGUUUGAUCCGCGUUCAUAAUUGCGAUGAUGGCUGGCUUGCUGGCCAGCAUAUCAGAUUGCGUGUUUUCUUCUCUGACAGAGUUUUUGAAUCACAUCCUUUCACUAUCCUCUCGGCACCACCAUCCCAUUCUUGCCUCUCCUCACCUAGGUUCCUUCUCACGGCACGAAGCGAUGGAGACUGGACACGGGCAUUGAGUGACUAUACCUGA